GCCUGAACGGAAAAGCUGCACAGGACCCCGAUUCCGCGUCUGUCCUCAUUACACUACUGAUUGAUCAAACAAAAUGACUGUAGAAGUUGAGAGAAAAUUCGUUUGUGAUGCAGAAAUUAUGUGGAAACUACAAGAUAUUGGAGCUAAAUGCAUUGGUCAGCGGCAGUUCCGAGACCAGUACUUUGACUCGCCAGAUUUCAUCCUCACGCUAAAAGAUUUCUGGCUGAGAUGCCGAGAGGGAUUGUGGGAGUUGAAAUGCCCUGCAGUUUCAGGAACUACACCUGACAAUGACACCGAGACCGUUUGUACACGAUACAGAGAGAUAACCAGUCUCCCUCUGAUUCAAUCAGAAGUCAGCAGGAUAAUCAGGGAACACACCGCUGAAGGGAGUGAAUCAAAUUCCUCACAAAGGGAACAAAUUGACAAAGUCGCAGAAAAUGAGGACACAGAGAUCUGUUCAGCUGAUGACACAAAGUGGCUGAAUGACCUCAAUCUGGUCUGUUUUGCUGAGUUCAAGACCGAGCGCUGCUCUUACACACUAGAGAGGGAGGCCGGUGCAGUGCGGGUGGAUCUGGACCAGGCUGAUUUCGGAUAUUGUGUGGGAGAGAUUGAGGUUCUGGUGCCCGAAGGAGGUUUAAGCUGUGAGAAGAAAGUAAAGGGGAAAAUGGAUGUUUACCUUCAAAGUAAUGAAAGGAACCUAUUGUUCAAGGUUGACAGGAUACAAUUAAAGUGCCAUUAUUUCAGAGGAACCUUCAGAUGGGAACCGCGUGACAGAGGGAGACAGGUGUAUUUUUCACAUCAAAACUAUUGGAGGCCUUGUAAUUUUUGCUAAUAAAAGCUUUAGUUUAUCUGCUUACAAUCCCACAUGAAUUCAUUCACAUUCAAGUUCUCACAGUCUCACAAACCCCCCUUUCUCUGUUUCCAAACAAUCAGUGACCUUCUUGUCAUCUAUUACACUCACACAGGUGAUCAAAUGAAGCCACAUGGCGCUGUUGCUUUGAAAGUUCUCACAUUUGACUCCUCUCACAGCAGCUGCUUUACACUAUUUUGGUUUGGCUUUGGCAGAGCCUGUGACUAUAGCC